UUCGAAGAUUCUUGUUAGGUUCAAAAUUUGUCAUCAUCACCUUGGAAUCUAUUCAGGCCAGAUUAUGAAGUCUCCACCACAGAAGAAACGGUAAUGACUGAGACAAUGGAGAUCUCGCUGGGCCAGUGGCUCCUUAUCCUCUUCCUGGUGGCUGUCCCACUUCUGUACGAAUGGAGUGCCACCUUCAAGUAUUUCUGUAAGAUGGCCUUCUACAACGGCUACAUCCUCUUCCUGGCUGUCUUGGUCAUUCCUAUCUGCGCGGUCCGUGGCCGCAAUGUGGAGAAUAUGAAGAUAAUACGAUUCAUGAUGCUCCACGUGAAAUAUCUGUAUGGGAUCAAGAUUGAUGUGCGGGGGACUGAGAACUUCAACAUCAAGGAGCCGUACGUGGUGGUGUCCAACCACCAGAGCUCCCUCGACUUGCUCGGGUUAAUGGAGGUGCUGCCAGAUCGGUGCGUGCCCAUUGCCAAGAAGGAGCUGAUGUACAUGGGCACGGUGGGAUUGGCGUGCUGGCUGGGAGGCAUCAUUUUUAUCAACCGCAAGAAAACCGACGAUGCCAUCAGCGUCAUGUCUGAGGCUGCCCAAACUAUGUUGAACAAAGAUGUUCGGGUCUGGGUGUUCCCCGAGGGUACCAGGAAUCACAACGGCUCCAUGCUGCCCUUCAAACGGGGCGCCUUCCAUUUGGCUGUGCAAGCCCAGGUUCCCCUCAUUCCUGUUGUUAUCUCGUCGUAUCGAGAUUUCUAUAGUAAGAAGGAUAGGCGCUUCACUACAGGGCGCUGCACGGUCCAGGUCUUGUCCUCGGUGCCCACAAAGGGGCUGGGCGUCGACGACGUGCCAGCCCUGACAGAUCGCGUGCGCCAAGCCAUGUUGGUUGCUUUCGAGGGGCUUUCAGCGGAGCUGGGUUCCCCACAGUGACCCCCGCCACCGCUUUCCCCCACCGUCUGACCCAGGAGCACUACAGGGUGAGCCUGGGAGCAGCUGGCACCCACAGGCAGUCGACAUAAAGGUGACGGGACCAAGACAGAAGAGGGCAGUGCUUCUCCCACGAGUGGAAUCGGAACCGGUUCUGGCAGGGGAGUGAUGGAAACAGCGCCCUGCAGCGAAGAAGGGAGACUUGAAAUGGGUGGGGAGGGGGCUGGACUCAGCCACACAUUUAAGGAGAUCUGGGAGCAGAGCAGAUCCAAGCCACCCUCGUUGCCCUCUUCACUUCUGGACCAGGGUUCUAACCCAGUUUUCUCCCCCAGGUAGGUGGUACAGUCCUGCCCCUGCCUCCUCCUCCUCCUCCCUGCUCCCCUGUUUUGUUCACAUGAACUGCUCCAUUGAAGCUUCUCGGACUCGGCAGUGCACUCCCCACUGGGGGAAGUUUUUUCCGGGCUGAACCACGGACCCCAAAGCAGCUGAGCCACCCCUUGAAUCCUGCAGAGGGAGCUGUGGACCAGGUUUAUCCUUGCUUCAAGGACUGGAGGAACCUUGGUGAACUUCAGAUUCAGGGCAAUGGGGCGGACUGGCGAUGCCCCACUGUUCGCGGAGCCUGUGCGUGUGAACUCUGGACCUGCAAGGAGUCUGUUCUCAACCGCCCGAGGAAGAAGCUGCUGACCAAUCCAUCAGAACCUGUGAUAGCGAAGGGUCAGGGCUGCUGAGCUCGUCAUGGACCGGAUCGUCUUCUUCCAGGGAGGGGGCUGGCAGGGAGGGAAAGGGAAGUAGAGAGAAAGGCGAUCUCUCUUUGACGCCUCAGUCCAACCAUGAGAAGGGAGCCCAAGGGAGCCUGUUUGGGGCACAUAGAGUCGCAUGGAUUGCCCUCGGUGCAGGUUGUUUUCAGGUGUGGUGUAGAGGGGAGGAAAAAGGGUGGAUCUGGGUGAGGGCAGGCAGAAAGCAGGACGUGGGAACUCCUGUUGCUUGUCUGCUGGGCCUGGAAGGUCUCUCCCUUUUCCCCUACUCGGUGUUGGGAAAAUACCCUAAGUCCCUCACCCUCCCCAAGGCAAGGAUGGCCUUAUCCUGUGAGUUGGACCAGUGCAGCCAGUCCCUGCUUGCCACAUGGAAAGUUGCAGGAAGGAGCACUGGCAUCUGUCUCCCCUCUCCAGCUGUGGAUGGGGGGUCCCAACUGAAAGGGCAGGAAGCCUUGAGAGGGGAGGGCAGGGGAAGGGAAGGGAAGGGCAAGCAGGCAGGGCUUGCCCCCAGGCCAAAUUAAGUGGUGGGGGUUGCAAAAAGCAGGGGGUUGUGGCCUCAGGCUGGGGCCUUUGGGCCAGGCGUUACGGGGCAGGGGAUGGCAUGAACGUGGUGGUGGUGGGGCUCCUGCACAUCCAAUAAAGCAGGGAGGGUGGCUGUCUGCAUGCCGAGAUGGACUGGGGAGGAUGUUUGCGAGCAAGUUUUUUGGGGAGAAGGGAGGAAGCCGUUGGCCCUUCCAGGGGCAGGGAGAGCUUGAGAGCCACGGGGGUGCCGGCUCAGGGAGGGCCAGGCUGAUUCGUGGGGUGGUGAGCCUUGCGGUUCCGCGAAAUACUCUGGGCACUUCUCCUCUUCUGCCUUUGGGUUUUCCCUGAAGAUUUCUGUCCUCUCCCCUGGACGGUUGGCGAUCCAAGGGGCUUUCUUUCCUCUUUCCAGAUGCCCUUUCUUGGGGUAGGAGAAAAGAGAGCCUCGAUCUGGGGAGGGAAGGGGGUGAUGAGUGAAGGGACAUUACCAAGUCCGUGUUUCCAAGACCUUCCUGCUUUUAAUAAAAACCGUCGAAGAUGA